UAAGGUGAGUCAUAAGUGCAAUUGGAGGCAGCCCUCUAAGUAGUUCCACAAUCCAGAUUUGAGGCUCUGACUAUAUAUACAGUAAAGUUUUCGUUUUUAUUGGCUGCUCAGUGUCACUUUGUUAUUAUCGCCCUAAGCUCUUUCCCCAGUUCCCACGAGUCAUGGAAGCUCUUCAAGCCUCAUCUCUUCGAGCUUCCCCUCUAAAACCUCUCCAAAAACCCAAACUCAAUAUCCAUUUCCCCAAUGCAUCGAGACUCGUUCCCAGGCCAACCAAGAAAUUCUCUUCCAUCACCGCUUCAUCCCCCACCGUAUCUGCUCCCAAGCGCGAGAAGGACCCCAAAAAACGGGUCGUUAUUACGGGUAUGGGAUUGGUUUCCGUUUUUGGGAAUGAUGUCGAUGCUUAUUACGAUAAGUUGCUGGCUGGGGAAAGCGGGAUCGGACUCAUCGACCGGUUCGAUGCUUCCAAGUUUCCUACCCGGUUCGCCGGUCAGAUCCGGGGUUUCUCUUCUCAGGGUUACAUUGACGGAAAGAACGAUAGGCGACUUGACGAUUGCUUGAGGUACUGCAUUGUUGCAGGAAAGAAGGCUUUGGAAGAUGCUGAUCUCGGGGGCGAUAAGUUAUCCAAGAUCGAUAAGGAGCGAGCUGGAGUGCUAGUUGGAACUGGUAUGGGUGGUCUAACAGUGUUCUCUGAUGGCGUCCAAAAUCUGAUAGAGAAAGGCUAUAGAAAAAUAACACCAUUCUUCAUUCCCUAUGCUAUAACAAACAUGUCAUCUGCCUUGCUAGCCAUUGAUCUUGGUCUCAUGGGUCCAAAUUAUUCAAUUUCAACUGCUUGUGCUACCUCCAAUUAUUGCUUCUAUGCUGCUGCCAACCACAUCCGUCGAGGUGAGGCUGAAAUGAUGAUUGCUGGUGGAACUGAGGCUGCAAUUAUUCCUAUUGGGCUGGGGGGCUUUGUUGCCUGCAGGGCAUUGUCUCAAAGAAAUGAUGACCCUCAAACUGCUUCAAGACCAUGGGACAAAGACCGAGAUGGCUUUGUUAUGGGUGAGGGUGCUGGAGUAUUGGUAAUGGAAAGCUUGGAACAUGCCAUGAAAAGAGGUGCACCAAUUAUUGCUGAGUACUUAGGUGGAGCUGUUAAUUGUGAUGCUUAUCAUAUGACUGAUCCAAGAUCUGAUGGUCUUGGGGUGUCCUCAUGCAUUGAGAGAAGCCUUGAAGAUGCUGGUGUGUCUCCUGAAGAGGUAAACUACAUAAAUGCACAUGCAACUUCUACUCUUGCUGGUGAUCUGGCUGAGAUAAACGCUAUUAAAAAGGUAUUCAAGAAUACAUCUGGCAUCAAAAUCAAUGCAACAAAGUCGAUGAUAGGGCACUGUCUGGGUGCAGCAGGCGGUUUAGAAGCCAUUGCCACGGUGAAAGCCAUUACCACGGGAUGGCUGCAUCCCUCCAUAAACCAAUUUAAUCCAGAGCCAUCAGUUGAAUUUGACACUGUUGCCAACAAAAAGCAGCAGCACGAGGUUAAUGUUGCAAUCUCAAAUUCAUUUGGAUUUGGAGGACACAACUCGGUGGUGGCAUUUUCAGCCUUCAAGCCAUGAAAGUCUGUUACUUACGUGUUCUGCAUUUGUUAGGAAAGAUGAUGAUAGAGAAUAUUGAUCCUUAAAAGAGCGAGUCAGGUAUUUGUUUGUGGAUGUGGAGGCUGCUUCAAUCCUUGUGUAACUUUUCGUGAGAGCCAAUUUGUGAUUUUGUCAGUUUCGGAAUGAUUUUGAGUUGAAUUCUAGCUUUAGCCUAGGAAUUGGUGAACUCGUAUAUUUUCAACACCAACACGACAAUAUUUGAUGAGGCAAUUAAUGAAGGAGAGAUUUUGUUCUGUUUUAAA